CCCGCAGCUCUGUUUUCUCCCCCGCAGGCACCUCGCGGUUUGCUCCAGCGGUUACGCAACACGCCCCGUUUUUUAAGGGAACGGCCGUUGUUAACGGAGAGUUCAAGGACCUGACCCUGGAUGAUUUCAAGGGGAAAUACCUCGUUCUCUUCUUCUACCCCUUGGACUUCACCUUUGUCUGCCCCACAGAAAUUGUGGCUUUCAGCAACAAAGCAAAUGAAUUUCGUGAUGUGAACUGUGAAGUGGUGGCAGUUUCUGUGGAUUCUCAUUUUUGUCACCUGGCCUGGAUAAAUACACCACGAAAGAGCGGCGGUUUGGGCAAAAUGAAUAUUCCAGUUCUGUCAGACCUCACAAAACAAAUCUCCCGUGAUUAUGGCGUGCUGCUAGAGGGACCUGGCAUAGCACUAAGAGGUCUCUUCAUCAUUGAUCCAAAUGGGAUCAUCAAGCAUCUGAGUAUCAAUGAUCUCCCCGUCGGUCGUAGCGUGGAAGAGACCCUCCGCUUGGUGAAAGCAUUCCAGUACGUGGAAACCCAUGGAGAGGUUUGCCCAGCAAACUGGACUCCAGACUCCCCUACGAUCAAGCCAAGCCCAGAAGCUUCUAAAGAAUAUUUUGAGAAAGUGCAUACAUAA